AUUAGAUCAGUGGAGUCAACGUAUGACGUAUAGAGAGCGCCACGUACGCGCAAAUGAGUAUUUCUGUAUUUUGAUUCAUUGCAAUUUGGAUGUGAAGAGAGGUUAGAGUAAAUCAUUUUUCAUUUAUUUGCCGUGAAAUCACUGUAAUUCACACAAUACAUUCAUAAUCAUGGCUGAUAUUACACCUGUUUUGUACGUGACUAGGAUAGAAUCUUUUAGUGCGUGCCAUCGUUUAAACAGCUCACAACUCGGUGAGAAAGAUAAUCAGGAUAUAUUCGGAAAAUGCAACAAUCCAAAUGGCCAUGGCCAUAAUUAUAAAGUUGAGGUAACUGUUAAAGGAAAGGUAGACCCUGUAACAGGAAUGGUAAUGAACAUUGUGGAUCUGAAGAUUUAUAUCCAGGAGGCUGUGAUGGCAACACUAGAUCAUAAGAAUAUUGACAAGGAUGUUCCUUAUUUCAAAGACAUAGUAAGCACGACGGAAAAUGUAGCAGUAUAUAUCUGGAAGGGCCUGGAGAAGUUGCUACCACCCAACACUCUGUACAAAAUUAAAAUUCACGAGACUGACAAAAAUGUUGUGUGUUACAAAGGAGAAUGGAUGUGAGCACAUCGCCCUAUGUCAAACAUCGCUAUGAUAUUUUAAGUUUUUGAUUAGUAACCUAGUGAUUAAUCUAUGUGGCAUUCUCGUAAAAGAUAGACUGACGAUCGUAAACAAUGUAUGAACUAACUUAAAACUAAGUUACACCAAAACCUUAGUUUUCCACCCAGUUAGAAACUGCAAUGUGAUUACCCUGUGUUUGCAUAGUAAAGCAAGCCAAAUGAUUAUGUGAAUAGUAUGGAGCGUCACCUGGCCUGAGGAAAGUGGUGACUGGGAGACAUGAAAGCUUGGCAGUCACGUUAAGGGUAUGAACAGACGCAGUUGUUGAGAAGUACGAUGUGGCCUGCUCCGAUGGAAGAGAGGGCGGGAGGAUGGUGGAGGGAAGGAGGAAAGAGAGAAAGAUGGUUUGCGAGAGAGCGGGAGCAAGAG